AUGUCGAUCAUUUCCCCUAAAUAUAAACUACAGGUUGAGAAUGCACGUGUCAUGGCAUAUUACUACGCCGGACAAAAGCGUAAAGGAGACGCAGAAUUUGGUCGUCCUACAAAGAAGUAUCGGUGUAAUAUUUCAACUGAAGGACCAAUACGCCCAGGGGCCUCUACCUUAGUGUUGCCCUUUCUUGAGCGGAAUAUUUUCACACAGGUGAUAGAUGGGCUUUGUGACGAAUGGAAAUCAUUCAUCAUUCACGGACCAUACCAAUCUGGCAAGACAACAUUCCUGCUUGCACUCGAAAGAGUACUCAAGAAUUCUAAUAUAGAACCUAUAUAUUUUGAAAUGACGGGAGCAAAGGGUAGUAUCAAUAAAUAUGGCUAUGCAGAUGGAUUUACUAGAUUUAUAUCAAAUAUCAUUUUUGAGAAAACACUCGCGGAAGAAGAAUUGUAUAGUCAGAUCAUGAAAAUGGAAAAACGGCUUAUCUUGCUUGCCGAUGAGUUACAAUACAUCUUUACAUCUGGUGGCCUUCUCUCCGUAGUAAAAACUUUCUUUAAAAACAUCACAUCACGCAGUAAUAUUUCCUACGUUGCCGCAGGCACUUUCAAGCUCAUUGAUCUCAUGGACAAUACGACGUAUGGUCCACCCAUGGAAAACGAAUGUCUUGAAUCACCUUUUAACAGGGCCAAGUUCUGUAGGAUACCAUUCUUUAAUGUGCAAGAAAUGGACAAAAUUUUCAAUUUAUAUAAUGAUAAAGUCGACCCGGAUCCGGAUCCUUUGGAUAUCAAACUAAAUAUCAUCCACGAGUCCUGCGGACAUCCUGCGUCUUUCAUGAUUCUUUUAAAAAUCUAUAACGAUAUAGAUAUUCGUCCAGCGACUUUACUCGAUUGGAAAGUGGUAAUAAAGCAGAAUCUUAUCGAAUAUACCAACGGAACUCACAAAAAAAUCAAGAAAUAUCUGAUAUCGAUGAGUGACGAUCAAAAACAGUGUGUUCGCUCACUCACAAACAAUGGGAUAGACACUUGGACGGCAGAUUUGGCCCUUCUCGAUCAUUUAGAGAAAGAUUUGCUUAACUUGGGAUCCUCGUGUCUCUCAACGAGCAAAGUAUUCGAGUCAGACCUGGUUUCUGCUGAAAACUUGCUAAAAUAUGGAUUACAAAAUAUUUAUCCCCCUACGGUCGCGCACGAAUGGGUCCAAAACAAGGAAGGCCCUGCUGAAGCGAGUUUUCAGGCCGCGCUUUAUUCCGUUUUCAAUGGCCUACUUCCCAUGAGUAUGAUGUGCUUGUUUGAAAUAAAUGCCCAUGGCAAAAAAAAACUUGAUCUGUUGGUGGUCAAAGAUAGUGAAAGAUUAGAGAAAUGGGCCGGCUACGAACUAAAAGUCAAGAAGAUAUCUGAAUCGGAUUUUAAAGAACCUCUAAAACAAGCUAAAAAAUAUGCUGAUUAUUUUAAAAUGGACAUUCAUCUCGUCAACUUUUAUCCGGAGAACGUUCACCCAGUAUUUCCAACUAUUGCACGCGUACCUGUAUUAAAUGUUGCAUGCAACACGAAUUGCACAGAAUUUACAAUUCGUUCACCCAAAGAGGAUGAGGGGAUCAAGGAAAAACAAAAAAACCAACCUAUUUUGACAAAUUACUAUAGCAUUACUGGAACCUCAGACAUUGCAAUUAUAGAUAAGAGCUUCUUAGUUAGUUUGUGGUCAGUUGGUGGAUUAAAGGUAGUGUUCGAGUUGAAAAAGAAACUCAUUCGUCAAAACGUCUAUCAAGCUAUAUUAGAGACAAUUUUGGCAAACGCACUUUCAGCUUACGCUGUGUUGGUAGUACUCACUGAUUUGAAAAACAUUUGGCAUUUCUUCUGGCUUCAAGAAUUUGAAAUUACUGAAAUUGUUGUUUAUGACAUACUCGAAGCCAUAACAAUAAUUGAAUGUGCAGUAGCAACUGAAGAAACUCAAGGUCCCAAUACCAAGGCUCCACCAUUUGAUGUAUCAAAUUAUGGAAACUUGAUAGAAUAG